UUUUUUGACCCCUCCACGCUGUUCUCUAUUCAAGGUCUCGCGAUCGAACUCCCUUCUGAUCUCUCCCGCUUCCGAUGGGCCAACGUUGAAGCCGAUCGAUUGAUUCGAAGAUUUCUGGUUCUUGAUUUGGUUUUUGCGGUGUUGGGUUCUUCGUCUUGAGCGAAGUUGGAUUAGGGUUUGGUUGUUGGAUUUGAAGGGCAUCGACCAUGCCUUCGGUGCUCGGGGAAUUCUUCCACAGGCGAGCAGCGGGCGCGGCGGCCACGAUCUCCUCCCACACCUCGUUCCAUGGUGGUGCUAGUAGUUGUUCCCAUCGUCUGAAACAGUUGGAGAAGUGGAAUCGUCGUGGUAAUCUCUAACAUUAGCUCCCCAAGGGUAGAUCUUACCCUCGUCCUUUGGGAUUUCUCCUUGCUUUCUUCGUCGUCGUGUUCGUCCUUCUUCUUCUUCUUCUUCUCCGUUUCUGGGUUUGGCGGCAAUUCGCCUGAUUCCUGGAUUUGCAUCUGAAUCGUGUGCUCAUCGGGGAACGCCGGCCGGGUUGUUUCCUUGUGUUUGGGCUUUGGAUUAGAGCAGUCAGGAGCUUUUGCGUUAUUUGUUGUUAUUCGCAGAAAUUACAGCGUUCUCGGUUGAGAUUUCAUCACAGCGGUUCCUGGAUGGGAGGAUCCACAACUUGUGCAAGUCCGACUUCUGAAGAUGCUGGCUGCAAAUCAUGUUUCUUCAGUGCUAACUAUAAGCAAGCAUGCAUCGAACAAGAGCAGUGUACUUGUGGCAUUAUGGAAAAGAAAGUGAAGGGAAUGUUUUUAGAGGACAUUGAUAUUUCCUCUAUAACUGAGAAUGAUGAUUUGACCAUUCAAGAACUGGGAGUCACUUUUAACGAAGUCCUGCAUAUUCGUGAUAGCCAUGAGUGCUUGGAUAACAGUAAUCUCAGUUUUAAUCAGGAUGAAAUCUGCGCUGACACCGAAAUGCAAUCUGUCUCCAUCAAUACAAAUAUGUUAAAAGGUUUAGGCAAAUGUGAAACAUUGCUAUUCUCAGAGUCAGAGAUGUUGCAAUUACACCCUUUAGACAUAGAUGUAGGAGCUGGAUUAUCAAGAACAGCAGUGCAUAUUGAGAGUUCUUCUAAGCCUACUACUGCAAAGUUGGUGUCUUCCAUGAAAGGAAGUCGUGAAGAGCAGGGGCUGCUCCCAAAGAUGAAGUUGAGUGUGAAGUGGGCGCCAGAUGUCUAUGACCCACCCCCAACAUCUGAGUCACACACAGUGAAGGGUCAUCGUCAUCAUUCUAGGUCCAUAAGAAGGGAUUAUCACAAGCACAAGCAUAUCAAGAGCAAGUCCUCUCGAGGGAGUGAUGGUGACCGUAAACAUGCUUACAGGAGAAGUGCCAGCAAUUCAAUCAAUCCUCAAAUCUUGAGGUUCCAAGCGCUUCAUGAUGGAUCCAUGAUAAACGAUUGUGGUCAGUCAAAUGGGGAGGUCCUGGACUACGCAGUUAGGAACCAAGAAUUGAAGUGUGGAAGCAACUUCUACAUGGAUUCAGUUUCUGCAGGGCAUCUUUCAGUUGCCAAAGCAUCCUGAGCGGCAACUUCAAACUGUGAAGCAACGCUUUUUCUUUGCUUAUGAAUAAAUAUCAAAACCUGCUAGCGUGCAAAACAGUUUUGUGAUCCAUCUAUCUUGGAACUCCAGAACUUUGUCGGUUGAUGAUUAAUGUUCACCAUUGACGGUGGUGCUCUUUUUCUGUUUGUCCCAAUUGAACUGAAGAUACUGAUUCAAUUAUUGAGAACAGUCUGUUGUUUGAAUAGUUCUUGCCAAUUGGAGCAAAUGUUUUGCUGGGGCAUGGUACUGAAACCACUGGCUUUUGCCUCGGCCAUCUGUUCGGAAAGCUGGAAAUAGUAAAUUUUUUGUUC